CCGAAGGCUCACCAGUUGAUCUCAGUGCGUCGAACAGGACACAGUAAGUUUUAAUAAGUGGGUUUGAGUGAGUGAAUACAGAUGUUGUUAAAAUUGGCCGGACUGCUGCUUCUGGCAGCCGUUGUGUAUGCAAACAACUCCACCGAUGGACCGAAGGUCCUUUGCUAUUAUGACGGUGCUGCGUCCUUGCGGGAAGGUCUCGGUAAAGUAACCGUCGCAGACGUUGAGGUGGCGCUGCCCUUCUGCACUCAUCUCGUGUACGGUUUUGCCGGUAUCAAUCCGGAAACGCAUAAAAUUCGAUCGCUCAACGAAGCCCUCGAUCUGGACUCGGGCAAAGGACAAUAUCGGCAGGUUACCUCCUUGAAGAAGCGCUAUCCGGGACUUAAAGUGCUGCUCAGCGUUGGUGGUUAUCAGGAUCUUACGGAGGAGAAGCCAUUCGAAAAAUAUUUAACGCUUCUAGAGUCCGGCCAAGGUCGCACGGCUUUCGUCAACUCCGUUUACUCCUUGCUGAAAACGUACGAAUUCGACGGUUUGGAUAUUGCCUGGCAGUUCCCGCAGUCGAAGCCGAAGCGAAUCCGUGGCUGGACAGGGAAGCUGUGGCAUGGAUUCAAGAAACUUUUCACCGGGGAUAGUAUCCUCGAUCCGAAAGCCGACGAACACAGGGAGGAAUUCAUUGCGUUGGUACGAGAUUUAAAAACCGCCUUUAUGCACGAAAAGUUCCAGAUCGGAUUGACUAUGCUGCCGCACGUGAAUGAGACCGUUUUUAUGGACGUUUUGCUGUUGAAGGAUAGCGUUGACUACGUUCACCUGGCGUCAUUCAAUCAGCAAACGCCGGAACGGAACCCAAAGGAGGGAGACUUUACUGCACCGAUUUAUGAGCCCACCGAUCGAGUUGUAGGAAAUAACAUCGAAGCGGAGGUCAAGUAUUGGUUAACUGGUGGUGCCCCCUCCUCGAAACUGGUGGUUGGCAUCCCCACGUUCGGUCGCGGCUGGAAGCUGGCCGAUGAUUCUGGUAUUACGGGAGUGCCACCAAUUCGUACCGAUGGACCGUCUCCUCCCGGACCGUACACCGGUAUUCCCGGACGCUACAGCUGGGCCGAAGUGUGUGCUAAACUGCCCAAUCCUGGCAACGCCAACGGGAAGGGAGCCGAGUAUCCGUUGAGGAAAAUCGGCGAUCCAACGAAGCGGUUCGGUUCGUACGCCUUCCGGAUUCCGGACGAGAAUGGUGAACACGGCAUCUGGCUGUCGUACGAGGAUCCGGAUACCGCCGGAAACAAGGCCGCCUAUGUGAAAGCCAAGGGAUUGGGUGGAAUUUCUCUAUUCGAUCUGAGCAACGAUGAUUUCCGUGGCAGUUGCACGGGUGAUAAGUUCCCUAUCCUCAGAGCUGCCAAGUAUAGACUGUAACGUAUUGUAACCAACCAUGUGCUAUUGAGGGUAUAAAAGCUAUGAGAAAUCAAAUAUAUUCGUAUAGAAAAUAAA